CAUUCUGGUCCACUGUUACCCAUUCGUUUGCCUGAUCCAUACCAAAUGGUAGUAGCGUUUUGCAAUCGAUUACCCAUUCUUUUGCCUGAUGCAUAGUAGCCAUUCCCCAUUCCCACAUAGGAGUAUUUUCCAAUCCAUAACCCACGUCUUGAACCAUCAAAACGUUUCCCUUUCCCGUUCCGACUCCCAUCCAAAAUCCAUUCACCGCCUGCCUUUUCUUCUCCCGUCCACCGUGUGCGGGCUGCGGGGAGCGCUCUCCUGCCGCUACUAGGCGACCGCCGCCGCCGUCCUACGUGCUCGGGUCCUUCCUCGGCUAUCAACACCUACCAGUUAUAGGGCGUACAUGUGCACACGCAUGUCCUUCACCGGGUCCGCCCCUGAGUCUUCCGAUCCCAAUAAGCAACCUGCAAAAAAGCAGACUCGACAAUGGGCAGCGUGGACACACCAAGAGGAGGAGAAUUUCUUCAAUGCACUGCGGCAAGUAGGGAAAAACUUCGACAAGAUUACACACCGUGUUCAGAGUAAAAACAAGGAUCAGGUCAGGCAUUACUAUUAUCGUCUUGUUCGACGCAUGAAGAAGCUAUUGGGUCCUAGGUUCUCACUUGAUGCAAAAAACUCCAAGGAUACCAUUGCUGCUAUGCUUCGCUGGUGGUCUCUGCUUGAGAAAUUUAGCUGCAGUGCAUCAAAGCUGCACCUGAAGCCUCGGAGGUUCAAAACAUUUGUAGAAGCAUUGGGAAAACAACUGCUGAAGGACAGAAAUAAGUCCAGGAAAAAGCAUUCACGAGUGGAUAUGUGCAUAUCUUCUCCAUCUCCAGUUAUCAGCAAGGCUCCUGGGGAUGAGACUCCUCCUGUAAAGUUCUUGUCAAUAGAUUCUCAAAAUGGUAGCAGAGUAGCAUCUCCUAAAGGGACAAUUUUCAAGCGGAUUGCAGAACCAAUUUCUAACAAGUCAGGAACAACUAAAGGGGACCUCUCUGCCACAAGAACCGUGAAACAGAAAAGGAAGGCAGGUGGUGCUGUUGCAUCUGCCGCAUAUAAAAAAUGGGAGAGAGCGGCCAUGGCUGGUGUUUCUUUAGUUGCUGAUGCGGCUGAGGAGCUCGAGCGCAACACGAUUAACCCAGGCAUGUUAUGUAAUGUUGAUGCAAGAACACUGACUUCAUCAUCAGACAGACUUUCUACUGGUGAUGGCAUUAGCACAAAUCAUAUGAAGGAAACAGAUUCACAAGCACCUGUGAAGCUGAAGCUACAGUUAUUUCCAAUAAACGAAGCUACUCGAAAGGCAUUGGAGAAGGAUGACCAUAAUCCUCAUUUAGAGCUCACAUUAAGCUCUAGGAAGAAAAUAUCAUCUGUGCUAGAACAUCUAAACCGAAAAUGGGGUAACUCAAACAUCGCAUCUGGAGAGCUUAUUCUUUUUCCGUAUUGUGCUAAUCAAGAGGAUUUGGCUACAUAUCAGAGAUGGACAACAAGAGAUACUGUUGCAGUCGCUGAUGUGUUUCUUUCUGUGAAUAGCCCUUCUGUUUUCCGUUUAAGGUAUGGUUGGUUUUCCCUUGUUGAGCUUGGAGCAGGAGUAAGUGACAUAUCUUUAACACAUUUUGAAGAUUGCAUGAGACCGGAAGUCAUCCAAGUCAAAUCACCAUCAGGAGAUAAGGCUUGUGUGCAAAAGGAUGGCAAGAACUCUGAGCUUCCGGAUCAGCCGGCUAAUGUGCCCCACUCUCGGUUUGGCAGCCAAAAGCAAGUGCAGGUUCCUGUAACCCAAGCUUUUGAGGAUGAUCAGGGAAUGAAUUGUGUGGCAAUAUCUGAAGUAGAGUGGGCAGAUACCCUUACAGAUAUCAGUGUUGAGCACUUACUGACAGAAGCAUCCAAAGAUUUAGAUUGCGUGGGGACUAGUGUAAAAGAUCCUUUGUUUCUUGAGAAUCCAUGCAGCUAUGACUCGUUUGAUGCUGUUGUUGCCCUUCAUGCUUCUCGUUAUCAAGCAUCAGAACAGCCAGCCCAUGCUCCCCAUUCAAACAUAUGGGGAGCAGAAGAAACAUGUGAUGAGUUCAGUUUUAAUUUGUCAGCCUCCAGGAAGCAAGAAGGGUCAAACACUUCUAGCAGCUCUCCUGAUACUGACAAUGAAGUUCAUCCUUCAAAUUCAGAAGGAUUUCGAGGUUUUCUUCAGGACUUGACUGGACGAGAGACUGAUGCUGAUAAUCCUUGUAAUGAUGACGCCAAAGACGAAGAGGAGUUUUAUGCUAAAUCACCACCUCGAAAUGACAAAACUAAUGAGUUGAAGGAUCAACCUUUAGCUGACAUAUAUUGGCCUGAUUCACUCGGACCACUGGACUUGGACAUACCGGCCGUGAGAUAUCAAACCGAUGACAUACUGAUAGGGGACAGUCAAAGUAGUUGGAAUUGGAACCGCCUGAUGGCAAAUAGCCUCGAUGCAUUUCGAAACCUGUCAUUCUUCUCGGAUAAGAAUGACUCGAUUCCGUCGAUCAUGUAGAACUGGGGAUGUUACGGUUUCUACGACUUGCUGUGUUGGUUAGGAAGGAACCUCCAAUUCUGCAUUUCGCUGAAGAAUAUCCAACAGAUGCGGAUUUGAUGCAUACGUGAGGUGCUCGUGCUGUUGUAAGAUAACAUAACGGAUGUGCUAACCACUCCAUGUAAUUGUGUUGUCCUUGUACAUAAAGCACAUACAAGCACUUGGAUACAAGUAAAGCUUCUGGGGUUCGUGUAUAAGAUCAGUUUGCCUAAUGUCCAUCAAA